CUUAACGUUUUAGUGAAUUUUAUCCAAAUACAAUUUCUGUUCAUGAAAUACUUGUGUGACCUGUGCAAUUGGUCGUAGCCAUAAAUAAAUUAUGGACAAAAUUAACGUAGAAAUUGUGCUCAAGCAAUCCAGCGCAAUUUCCACCAAAGAAGUAAUUGCAAUUUGUCGACAAUUUCUGAAUAAAAAUCGCGUUAAGCCAGGUACAAUUAUCUCAGCGUUCGACAAAAUUGAAAAUUUGCUUCUUCAUGAGGACGUGCAGCAGAUUAUAAUAGAUGAACUACAUAAUCAAGAUGAGGUAAAUUUACAAGUGGACUACUCAAAAGAUAAUGUAAAUUGGCAUGUAUAUAAAUUGGACCUUAAAGGUCCACAGAAUGAUGUUUGCGAAGAUGAUACUGGAACGGAAGUCAAUCUGGCUACAUUGUGGAUGUUGCCAUCCAUUGAUAUUCACAACACAUGGGAGAAUCUUAUAUACAACAAUAAUAUAAAAGAAAAUCUUUUGAAUUAUGCCUAUGCAAUGAUGGAGUUUUCCAAGAAAGGUGUCAACCAAAAGAUUAUUAGCUGCAACAAAGUAAUCCUGUUACACGGACCUCCAGGCACUGGUAAAACAUCAUUAUGUAAGGCUUUAGCUCAGAAGCUAUGCAUACGGAUGAAUGAUAAAUACAAGCAAAGCAUCCUAAUUGAAAUUAACAGCAACAGUUUGUUUUCCAAAUGGUUUUCAGAAAGUGGAAAAUUGGUAAUUAAAAUGUUCGAUAAAAUCAAAGAAAUUAUAGAAGUUGCCAAUACGCUUGUUUGCGUGUUAAUUGAUGAAAUUGAAUCGCUCGCUCAUGCACGAGAAAUCUGCUUAUCAGGAAACGAACCGUCUGAUGCUUUAAAAGUGGUAAACACAGUGCUAACACAAAUUGAUCAGAUCAAACGAUACCCGAAUGUAAUCAUCUUCACCACCUCGAAUAUGACGAACGCCAUAGAUCUGGCCUUCGUAGACAGAGCUGAUGUGAAACAAUACAUUGGACCACCCGGGACGAGAGCCAUAUUUGACAUAUACUUGUCUUGUAUUGUGGAACUCAUCAAGACAGGCAUUAUCAUCUACAAUUUCGAUUCUAAUAUAACGGACAUUGGAAGCGAGAACGAAGAAAAGCUUUUGAAAAUAAGUAAGGACAGUGAGAGUCUGAGCGGCAGGAUGCUGAGGAAGUUACCUUUUCUUACACACGCUUUAUUUCUAAACAACAAGAAUGUUGGACUAUCUACCUUCCUAGAUGGACUUAGCAAAGCCGUUAAGUAUGAAAAGGAACAGCGUGAGCUUUUGAAAAGUUCAAAUUAAAAUAGUCAUAAGUGAGAAAUGUUAUAUUUUAUUUAAAUUAUAUUACAAAAUAACAACUUCAAUGUAAGUUAAGCACAUGUUGUGUU